AUGGUUGCGUUGCUGUCGUUGUUGCGGUCCGAUUACAAGCAGGAGCAGCAACAGCAGCCGCCGUCGGGCAAGAAGAGCCGCACGUCGACGUCCGCUACGUCGACGGCGGCCGCCACCAGAAGCAACGUCGUUCUUGCGAGCAGACGCGUAAGCAGCAACGCCGGUGACAGCAACAGCUACGACAGCGGGACGUUCAACAGCAACGCGCGUACCUCGUCGACCCGCGAGGUGGUGUUCCCGGACUCGUUCGAGGUGCUGCCGCAACCCCGCGAUCUCAGCGUCGUCUACAUGGGCGUGCCCCACGAGCAGCAACGGAAGUUCAGGUGUCGUUUCUGCGGCAAGGGAUACCGAUGGAAAAGCACGAUGCGUCGCCACGAGACGGUCGAGUGCGGCGGAAAACCGCCGGCGUUUCAAUGCCCCGAGUGCCCGUACAAAGCCAGGCAACGCGGCAACCUGACCGUGCACUACAAACGACAUCAUCAGAAAAUCGGUUACGACGAGGGCGCCUAAAACGCACUGUACGCGAAGAGAUUCGUCGAUUUCGUCUUGGGUACUUCUCGCGAGCCUUUUUCGUGAGAAGCACCCCCAACGAUUCGCGAAUGAACCUCGAGGGGGUACUCGGUUUUUUCUUUUUUUUUUUUUAAGAUCAAUUGGUUCGAUGGUAUUUGAGAAAAUUCACUAUUAUUCAGUAUAUAGAUUGCCAAGGUAUGUAUAUCAUCUUAAUUCCAGUUGUAGACACUCUUUCAAAGACAAAGUUAGAGGUAUUCCUUUUUGAGCUGGCUCAAAAACAAAUUUCUUUUGCUGAUAUGUAUAGUAUCUUUAAUUCCAGUUGUAGACACCCUUCGAAUCAGCGAUUGCCCCCUCGAACCGUGUACGUGCCGUUUCAGAGACUUGGAGUCUCUCCGAUUGGCACGAUCGUCCUGGAAAUAUCUUUGUCCGGCUUUCUUUCCCUUUCUUCCACGGAAAUCGAGCAGUUAGUGGACCGCGGGAGUGUAAUAAUUGUAAAUAACAAAACGUGAGAGACGCGCGAGAGUUAUUUUUCGAAGUGUUUGAGGGAUUACGUCAGGGGGUUGAGCUGACAAGUAAAGCAUUAUCCGGAAUUUUCUUCCAAAGAUCGUCUCAGUUUUCUAAAAGCUCAAAGUAUAAAUUGAUUUAAAUUUCACAAGAAAAAUUUUAUUUCUGUUAAAUAUAUGGCCAAAAGGUGUCUUCACUGAUCUUCGUAAAAGAUUUCCGGAAUCUGCCCCCGCUUUUCAAGCUCUCGCGCUGACGUAGCCGCUUAAAAAUCUUUAGUUGUAUCUGUUUCCCCGGGCUUAGAAGCAUAAGCGUUCGUAUUAGUGAAUCACGAGCUAUCGUAGGAAAGUUAUAAGAUUUAUUUUUCUGUUUUCUCAAGUUAUUACCUCAACGUAAGAAUUUAUCGUGGUAUUUCGGUUUCUAUUUGUACAUAAUCUCCAGUCUCUAUACUUUUAUUUAAAGGGUAUUUUCUUUUCGUUCUAUAGGAGUUGUUUAUCGAUUGAUCUGUUCUUUUAGUUUCUAGACGAACCGGAAUUCGGUGUUUGCAUUUAUUGUUUAAAACGAUCGCGACUCGUUUCGAUUCCGGGCCGUUCGACGACAUUCGAUUUCUAUGGCGAUCGUACCACAGAACAAACGCAGUUUAUUUCUCCGAACUUUUACAAAACAUUCCAACGAUGCGCGAUAUCUAUUAUAUUUUUUGUUGAGUCUCAGGAUUUUUAUCGACUUAAAGCAACGGUGUAAUGAAAGAAUUUAUUGUACGUACUGUUCUUAUUGUAUUAACGUCGAGACAAAAUUGACGAUCGUGUUACCACUAUCUGAAACUUCUUAACUAUAGAAUUUCAUAUAUCUUCUAGUACUUUCGUACUAGUACUCUGCCUCGAUAUCGAAACGUUACAAAUUUAUAUAAGGUAAAUUGAACCGACGAGGCAGCAGUAGGUACGAAAUUAUAUCGAUCAUUCCGAGCGUGAUAAAGAUAAGGGUAAAAAAAAGUGCCUUGUUUUGAUAGAAACGAAACGUUUUAAGUAAAUCUAAGAUGCGAGUCGAUCGUGCGCCUUGCACGAUUGUCGUGUAUCACUGGUGAUUUUUGUCAAAUAAUCUCCAGAAAAUCGGUUACCUGAGAGCACCUUAUAGACUUACGAUAGACAAUAAUAAUUAUACGAUCUUCCAUUUUCGCCUUAGAAUCGAGAAACAAAUGCGAGGAACCUAUGAUUCCUCGGUCCGUUGUUCCUCGUGUAAAAAUCUGUACUUCAGCGAUGUGCAUUUAUCGGGUAGGAAAAUGGCGACGAAAAGACGAAAAGAAAGAAAAAAAAAAAAAAAUAUUCGAAAUCUUCGACUCUUCUUGCAUUUUAAAUGAGAGGCGACCGACAAUAACGGAUUAGAGGUUUCUAAAUAUGUAGUAUUCUAUUUUUUUAACGGCCACUAAGCGCCUCUAAUAAUCGCGAUCGUAUUUGUGGCACACGGUUCUCGAUCGUCGCGGUUGCCCAGUAUCGUCGAAAUACCAACUUUUUAUACUCGAUAACGGUACAGCUCGACGACUUUGUAAUCUUAUUGUUAGAUAUUCGACUCGGUACUGGGCAAGUCCGUUACGAUCGACAGAACCACGCUCGACAAUCGACGUUAGACGUUAGAAUUUUUAAGGACCACUGUACCUUUAAGCGAAUUUAUCGUUGCGGAGAAACUUACCCCCCCUAUUUUAUUCCAACAGAAGGAUCUAACAAAUCCGUUCGAGCGGACAAAGGAGCCGAUCUCCGAUUCGAUACUUUUUCUUUCUAAACGCGGAACAAGCUCGCGAACAUUCCCACGAUUCUCUCGACGACCGACUCCGUUUGUCGUUGCACGCGGAACUCAUUCUUAGUGUAUUAAGGAAGCAACGUUAUUUUUUUCCAUUUUUUAUACGAGCAUUUAUACGCGCGCGCGACGAGAAAUAGCGUGUACAUGCGAGAGAGAAAAAAAAAGAGAAGAGAACGGACCGCGUCUAGGGACUUUUGUCUCUGGAUCGCGGUCCAGUAUUUUUGAUAUCAGUAUUUGCGGAUACUCGCGUCGACCUGCCUGCAAACUAACGUAGGAUAUACUCGUUACACCGUCUCCCUGAUACCUCAACGUUGUCAAUCUUGCGCGAUAAGUUCGUGACAACAUUGCGUCCAGCGUUUUACAAGACGCUACGAACGAAUCGAUCAAGCGUAAUUAAUUCCGUAUUGCCGAUCUUUGUUACCGAAACCUUUAUCGUUUAAUAUUUAAGCAACACACUCUUUCAGUUUUCUUUCCAUUUUCUUUUUAUUUCUUUUGUUCGUUUUUUUUUUCAAACGCCUUUCGUCUCUCUUGAUUCAUCUUCGUUUAAAACGAUCGGCGUAUCGACGAGGAGAAGAAUGGAAAUUUGC